AGUACCACGAAAAAAAUGGGGGUACAAACUAACUAGCUAGCUAACUAACUAGGCCCUCGUGCGUGUGUGUGUGUACGUGCGUGUGGGAUCGGGAAAGGGAGCAGGAGAGAGAUUAACGGUGCUGCGCGCAGCGCGCCCCCGAGUCCUCCAUCCAUCCCCGUUAAGAGUGAACAUGAUGGCCCGGUCAGUGUGCUCCCUCUCCGGAACACUGAAGCUCGUGCUCAGCAACCAGUUCACCAGGGUUUAUGGUGCAGCUCCGUGUAAUCAGAGACACAAGUCCACUUAUAUUACCAUACCUCCACCAGCGCGGUAUGGAGGCAGGCACACUGUGACUCUGAUUCCCGGUGAUGGCAUCGGACCAGAGCUGGCCAACCAUGUGCGUGAACUAUUUCGGUUCUGCUGUGUGCCAGUGGACUUUGAGGUUGUUAACGUGGACUCGUCCAUGGCCUCAGAAGAUGACAUCGAUGACGCCAUAAUGGCUAUCAGACGCAAUGGAGUUGCACUAAAAGGUAAUAUUGAGACCAACCACAACUUGCCACCAUCCUACAAGUCUAGGAACAACUUGCUCCGCACCACUCUGGAUCUGUAUGCCAAUGUGAUGCACUGCCAGUCCCUGCCGGGAGUGAGGACCCGCCACAGGAACAUCGACAUCGUGAUCAUCAGGGAGAACACGGAGGGAGAGUACAGCAGCCUGGAGCACGAAAAUGUUCCAGGCGUUGUUGAAUGUCUGAAGAUCAUCACCAAGGCCAAAUCUUUGCGCAUCGCUGAUUACGCGUUCAGAACUGCUCGGGCCAAAGGACGCCGACGAGUCACUGCUGUACACAAAGCUAAUAUCAUGAAGUUGGCUGACGGCCUCUUCCUGGAGUGCUGUAAAGAGGUUGCAAGCGGUUACCCUGAAAUCACCUUUGACAGCAUGAUUGUGGACAACACUACCAUGCAGCUGGUUUCCAGGCCCCAGCAGUUCGAUGUGAUGGUCAUGCCCAACCUGUAUGGCAACGUCGUGAGCAAUGUGUGUGCUGGGCUCGUUGGGGGACCCGGCUUGGUGCCUGGAGCAAACUAUGGAGAGAACUACGCCGUGUUUGAGACGGGCACCAGGAACACCGGGAGGAGCAUUGCGAACAGCAACACGGCCAACCCCACGGCCAUGCUGCUGGCCUCCUGCCUGCUGCUGGAUCACCUGAAGCUCCACGCCUACGCCAGCAUGAUCCGCCGAGCCGUCCUCUCCACCGUCACUGAGACUCAGCUGCACACUGCUGACCUGGGAGGCCAAGGCUCCACCUCAGAAGUGGUCCAGUCCGUCAUGAAUGCUGUUCAGAGCACCGGGCCCCAGACACGGAGCAUCUAGAACAAACACACACUAAUGUGUGAAUUCUCUCACGCUUCAAAGUGUGUAUAAUAGUGUGCCUCUAGUCCUUCUAUGCAAUUUCAUAUAAACAAUAAUAUGUUUUUGAAUCGUAAUACUGACAUGAAAUGUAAUGGUCUUUAUCUUAGUAGUUUCCUCACCUCCCAGCUGUCUUUUUAAGUUUGUUUGCAUCUAUACUUUACCAGAACCGACCAUCAUUCUGUUUACUGUGCACAAUACUACUCCUGUUUUCUGCACCACCCAAACCUUUUCAUGUUUGUAAGUUGGUUUUCAUGUAUUAAUUAUUAUUAUUUAACUUAUUUUGAACCAAACACUGUCCGUAACACCAGUGUCUUACUAUUGAAUAUAUUGGGCUUUCAGAAAGUUAGCAAAGCUAAUAAAAGGCAGGAGAACAGUUUGUUUUUAGAAUGUUCUGCUAACACAAACAUAUAUUAAUGUUUGCAGUCGGCUUGUCUCGACCUCAGGGAUGUCCCGUUGUCUUGUGUCAUUCUUACAUUUAGUUUGUUGUGACUGAGUGAAAUGUUUUAGGGUCAGUAGUUGGACGAGUUGUGCUCCACACGAGUUCCAGAAUGUGACGGCUGAAACUGAUGAAAUAUUUAUCCGCCUUUCAAAAUCAGUUAUCAUGUUAUAAUGAGCUGAAACAACACUUCAGCGUUACCUGUUGCGAUUCGGUUGUUGCAAGUAUGAUAGUAAACAGACUUUGAGGAAACAAACAUCUCCACAUAAACGACAAUUUGGCUGCAGCCAAGCUAUCG